UGGGCGAAGCUCGUGAUAUGUCUCCUCAUCGACGGCGUCGGCGACAGCUCGUUCUUGCUCCCGGGAGUGGGCGAGUUCUCCGACGCGGCGUACGCGCCCCUCGAGGCGUUCCUCCUCGGGCAGCUGUUUCGCUCCAACGCGAUCUCGAGUCUGGGGUUCGUCGAGGAGGCGCUGCCGUUCACGGACGUCUUACCGACGGCGACGCUCGCGUGGGUGAUCGAGGAGUUC